UUAAGUGGAGUGUUUGGAAGGUAAUAAAAAAAGGAGGGAAAGGAGAGGAAAUGAAAGUGAUUUUAGAGGCAAAGGGCUUGCGUCUGCGUGGAGUGUGGAGUGGAAGAGGAAAGGAGAUGGAAAAGACGAGCAUAGAUCUGAAACGAGAGGGAAAGGGGAUAGAGGAUCUGAGCGGUCGCGUCCAUCAACUCCCCUGCUGCGUCAAGCACAAUGGCCCUGCCUCCGUUUCCCACUAUUUCAAACCCAAACCCUCCCCCGAGGGUUUACCUUUGCAACAUGCCCAUUUCAGAGGCAGGUUCCUCCAAGGAACCACUCUCCCUCUUCCUCACGGUUACUCUGGUUUUCUCUUAGCUACCUCCUCCCACAACUGGGACACCCAUGCAACGUUCCACGACAUAACCUAUUGGAACCAUGACUACGCUCCUUCCCACAACGACGAAUUGUUCCGAGCUUUUCAUUGGCUCACUCUUGCACAAGCUCUGCACAAUCCCGUGACACCCGAGGAAUUAGCUUCGUCAUCGGUUACACUCUAGAGAUAGGACUACACUGCAGUUGAAACUUGAAAUGCUGUAUCUGUCAAAUUUACAGUUGAUUAAUCUCUGUAAUAUUUAUGUUUUUGUUGUGCUUUGACUCUGACAGUCCCUAUGUACUUCCCUUUUUACCCAAAUCUGUGUUUUUUUCUCUAUGUGAAUACAAUUUGUCAUCAUAUAUGAAAAUAUGCUCUCCCUGCAAAUUCCUAUAGUGUCUAGUUUCUCUCUCUAAAAGGAGGCAACCUGCUGUACUCACAUCCAGCAGAAUCAGAUAUGUGGAGACAGGAAGGCUAAGAUGAGUUUGAAGACCUCAAAGGUGAUCUGGAUGGUGAAUCUUUAAUUGUAAAGCAUUGUCUCAGGAGCCUUCCCCAUUAGAUUUUUUUUUUUUAUUCCUUUAAUUAGCGACUCUUUGUUAACUUCACUUUCUUUUAGUAGGAAAGAAACAUGUUAUAGUUAUUUUUAACAACUUAACUUCUGUGUUUGUGCUGGGGAGGGAAGGAAGAGGUGCUGACCGGAAUGAGAAAAAGGCUGGAACCUCGAUUCUUCAAAAUUAGUUUGUUUACAAUUUCUUAGCUUUUAGAGAAGUUUUUCGGCCAAAAUGAUGCUUUUAAAAGUGAUCCUGUGAAAGUGAUCCUAAUAAUGAUGUUUGUGUUUUGUCGAGUGAAGGUGAUCAUAAUGA